GAACAGCAGGUGAGGAUGGAUGUGGUCGACAGCCUUCUCGUGAAUGGAAGCGACAUCACCCCUCCCUGUGAGCUGGGAAUCAAAAAUGAGACGCUUUUCUGCUUGGAUCAGCCCCAACCUUCCAAAGAGUGGCAGCCGGCCGUGCAGAUUCUCCUGUACUCCGUGAUUUUCCUGCUCAGCAUGCUGGGGAAUACGCUGGUCAUCACCGUGCUGAUUCGGAAUAAGAGAAUGAGAACUGUCACCAACAUCUUCCUGCUCUCGCUGGCGGUCAGCGACCUCAUGCUCUGCCUCUUCUGCAUGCCCUUCAACCUCAUCCCCAACCUGCUCAAGGAUUUCAUCUUCGGGAGUGCUGUUUGCAAGACCACCACCUACUUCAUGGGCACCUCUGUGAGUGUAUCCACCUUUAAUCUGGUAGCCAUAUCUCUGGAAAGAUACGGUGCGAUUUGCAAACCCCUGCAGUCCCGGGUCUGGCAGACCAAAUCCCAUGCUUUGAAGGUGAUUGCCAUGACCUGGUGCCUCUCCUUCACUAUUAUGACUCCGUACCCAAUUUAUAGCAACCUGGUGCCUUUUACCAAACAUAACAACCAGACCGCCAAUAUGUGCCGCUUUCUACUGCCAAAUGAUGUCAUGCAGCAGUCCUGGCACACGUUCCUGUUACUGAUUCUUUUUCUUAUUCCCGGGAUCGUGAUGAUGGUGGCAUAUGGAUUGAUCUCUCUGGAACUUUACCAAGGAAUAAAGUUUGAUGCUCUCCAGAAGAAGUCUGCUAGGGACAGGAAACCAAGCACCGGCAGCAGCGGCCGGUAUGAGGACAGCGAUGGGUGUUACCUGCAGAAGGCCAAGCCCCGCAGGAAGCUGGAGCUUCAGCAGCUGUCCACCCCCAGCAGCGGCGGGGUCAACCGCAUCAGGAGUAGCAGCUCCACCGCCAACCUCAUGGCCAAGAAGCGCGUGAUCCGCAUGCUCAUGGUCAUCGUGGUCCUCUUCUUCCUGUGCUGGAUGCCCAUCUUCAGCGCCAACGCCUGGCGGGCCUAUGACACGGCCUCGGCCGAGCGCCGCCUCUCAGGGACCCCCAUUUCCUUCAUCCUCCUGCUGUCCUACACCUCCUCCUGCGUCAACCCCAUCAUCUACUGCUUCAUGAACAAACGGUUCCGCCUCGGCUUCAUGGCCACCUUCCCCUGCUGCCCCAACCCCGGUCCCCCAGGAGCGAGAGGAGAGGUGGGAGAGGAGGAAGAAGGUAGGACCACGGGCGCCUCUCUGUCCAGGUAUUCCUACAGCCACAUGAGCGCCUCGGCGCCGCCCCCCUGA